AUUUAGUUUUGUUUGUACCUCUUUUUUUUUAAUCCAAUCAGAUUUAUUUUUAUUUUUUUUUUUUAAUACCUAUUAUAUAGUGUUAUGUCCUUUCCUAAUAUUAGUAGACCUCUAAUUGUAAUUGGAGGCGUUGCGCUUGAUAUUACAGCUACCAUAGGAAAAAAUGGGCCAUUAGGUUCUACUUUUUCUUCCAUUUUACAUACAUCAACACCAGGCCACGUUAAACAAAGUUUAGGAGGUGUUGGACGCAACGUAGCAGAAGCAGCUUGGAGAACAGGAGGAACCAAUGUUAAAUUAGUGUCUGUUGUUGGUGAUGAUCUAGCUGGUCAAUCGAUUCAACAAGGAAUGAAAUCUGUUGGCAUGACAACUGAAUACAUUAAAAUCAUGAAAAAUAAGCCAACAGCAGUUUAUAAUGCGUUACAUUUUAAUGAUGGACAAUUAAUAGCAGCUGUAGCUGAUAUGAAUAUUUUUGAUUCAAUGGAUACCACAAAAAUAAUCUCGAUUUUAAAGCGUGAAAAUCCAAAUUUUGUAUGUUUUGAUGGAAAUAUAAGUUCAAAUAUGAUGAAAACGAUUGCAGAAACUUGCAAGUUACUUUCGAUACCAGCUUUUUUUGAACCUACUUCUGUACCAAAAUCUUUGAAGCUAUUUGAGUUUAUCGAAACAACUCAGACCCAAUCUAUUCAAUAUACUUCUCCGAAUCAAUAUGAGCUUGAAGCGAUGUGUGAUACAAUUCAAUCUCAACCUAUCUUAUCAAAUAAGAAUAAAACUUUCUUGGAUUCUUCAAUACAAUUAAAGAGUAUUAAUAAUACUACCUUUUGGAAUAAAGUAAAGCCAUAAUAGACUGAUCUUACUUUCAACACUAGAUGCCCCUCGAUUAGCAAAUCAUGUCUUACCCUAUGCUAUCUAUUUAUCCAAUUAUAUUCCAAAUAUUAUAACAAAAUUAGGUGAAGACGGAUGCCUCUACGUUGGAAAGAAUUCAGUCAUUGAAUAUUUCCCUCCUGAAUUUAUUCAAAAAAAUGAAAUCAAGAGUGUAACUGGGGCUGGAGAUUGUUUUGUCGGUACAUUAAUAGCAAAUUUACAGAGAUUUUCAAACAGGAAUAUAUCUACUGAUGUUUUGAAAUUAAUGAUUCAAAAAUCUCAAUUAUCAUCUAUUAAAACAUUAAAGUCAAACAAUGCAGUGAGUGAAGAGAUUUCAAAAGAUUUAUUAUUAACUGUAGUCGUAUAAAUCUUUCUCCACUAUUAAAUUAAAAGACAAAAAAAAAA